AUCUUCCCACCAACCGUUUACAAGGAGAAAAUGUCUAAAGUUGCCAGCAAUCCUUCGAACGCCCGGUUCAAAGACAAGGAAAAGCCUCAGGAAGUCCGUAGAAGUAAUAUUCUCGCGGCCAAGGCUGUGGCCGAUGCCAUCAGAACCUCCUUGGGUCCUAAAGGAAUGGAUAAGAUGAUCAAGACUAAAACAGGAGAAGUCAUCAUUUCCAAUGACGGGGCCACCAUUUUAAAGCACAUGGCUAUCUUGCACCCGGCCGCCAGAAUGUUGGUCGAUGUGAGUGCUGCUCAAGACGUGGAAGCCGGAGACGGUACCACCUCAGUGGCGAUUUUGACUGGUUCCUUGUUGAACGCCGCUGAGAAAUUAUUAAAUAAGGGAAUCCAUCCAACCUUAAUCGGAGAGAGCUUCCAAAGAGCUGCCCAAAGAAGUUGUGAGAUAUUGUUGGACAUGAGUCAUAAGAUAGAUUUGAAUGAUCGGGAUUCUUUGAUCAAAGCUGCUAGUACUUCAUUGUCUUCCAAGAUUGUGUCGCAACAUUCAUCUUUAUUGGCCCCAUUGGCGGUCGACUCUGUGUUGCAGAUCACCGACGAAUCCAAAACGAACGUCGACUUGAACGAUAUUCGCUUGGUCAAGAAGUUGGGUGGAACCAUCGAUGAAACCGAAUUAGUGAAUGGAAUUGUCAUGACACAGAAUGUCAUCAAGAAUGCCGGAGGCCCCAUUCGAGUUGAAAAAGCCAGAAUUGGGUUAAUUCAGUUUCAGUUAAGUCCUCCAAAGCCCGACAUGGAAAACAAUAUUGUUGUUAAUGAUUACAGACAGAUGGAUAAGAUCUUAAAGGAAGAAAGAGCAUACUUGUUGAACAUAUGUAAGAAGAUCAAGAAGGCCAAGUGUAACGUCAUUUUGAUCCAAAAGUCCAUUUUGAGAGAUGCUGUUAACGAUUUGGCCUUGCACUUUUUGUCCAAGUUGAACAUCAUGGUUAUAAAGGAUAUCGAGAGAGACGAAAUAGAAUUUAUGUCCAAGUCUAUUGGGUGCAAACCAAUUGCGGAUGUAGAUAGCUUCACGGAGGACAAGUUGGGUACUGCUGACUUGAUUGAAGAAGUGGAAAGCAGUGGUUCCAAGAUCGUUAAGAUAACUGGUAUAAGUUCUAAGUCGCUUAAACCAACUGUUUCUAUCAUAGUCAGAGGGGCCAACCCUUUGAUUUUGGACGAAACUGAGAGAUCGAUCCAUGAUGCCUUAUGUGUCAUCAGGUGUUUGGUCAAAGAAAGAGGGUUGAUUGCUGGUGGAGGAGCUCCUGAAAUCGAGGUGUCGAGAAUCUUGAUGAACGAGAGUAAUAAAUUAUCUGGUGUUGAACAGUUUGUGUACAAGGAAUUCAGUGAGGCAUUGGAAGUUAUUCCUGUGACAUUAGCUGAAAAUGCGGGUUUGAACCCAAUCGAAGUCAUCACUGACUUGAAAAACAAACAUGAAAACAAUGAAAGAUUUGCUGGGAUUUCUGUCAGAAGAUCUGGUACUACUAACACUUUUAACGAUCAUAUCUUACAACCAGUUUUGGUUAACACCUCAGCUGUCUCUUUAGCUGCCGAAUGUGUCAAGUCUAUCUUGCGUAUAGAUGACAUAGCAUUCAGUAGAUGAGUUUUAAAUACCUUUUAUAGUGUAUUAUUUUGUACAUAUAUACAGAGUUAUACCUUUGCCUCUUGUGGUGAUUCUUGUUCCUGUGCUUCCAACUUCUUGAGUUUCUUGAUCUUCUUGUUUAUCAACUUUUCGGGAUUAUUGGCAAAAAAACACUUUUCUCCAAUCUUGGUGCUCUCUUCUAAAGUAGACUCUUGACUAGUCUUACUAUCCUCCACACAUUUUCUAAUCGUCUUGACCAACAAAUCGAAUACCUCUGUUCCCUUUGGUGGUAGCGAAUCCUUCUGUUGGGCAUCCACACCAUCAGGUUCCUCUUCUUUUAUCGUGUUCAACGGUUCUUUAUCCUUCAAGAACUUUCGCCUGAGAUACUUCUCAGUAAUUCUGGGGUUGGAGUCGUACAUGGCAGCCAAUGCUAUUUGUGGCGGUGU